GUGAUUUUCCACCACCUCCUUCCGAAAAUCUACCUACUGGAUGAAGAUGAGAAGGGUCAAGCCAGCUGUUGCUUCCCGUGUCGAAGGGUCUGGUGGAAUAUCAACCAAAGGAAAAAGGAAACCCAGGCAGGAAGAAGAUGAAGAUUAUCGAGAAUUUCCUCAGAAGAAGCAUAAGCUUUAUGGGAGGAAGCAACGGCAAACUCAACCUAAUCCCAAAUCCCAGGCUCGUCGUAUUCGGAAGGAACCACCAGUUUAUGCAGGGUAUGCAGUUUUGGAGGAACAAUGGUACUUAGAAAUCGUGGAUAAGGGCAGUGUCUCCUGUCCUACCUGCCAGGCGGUAGGGAGGAAGACAAUAGAGGGCUUAAAGAAACACAUGGAGACGUGCAAACAGGAAAUGUUUACUUGUCAUCAUUGUGGGAAACAGCUUCGUUCACUGGCAGGGAUGAAGUAUCACGUCAUGGCAAUCAUAAUAGCUUGGUAAGAGUAUCUUCGGUACCCCAUUUUGAAGGCGGCUGGAGAUGAAAUAGACGCAAGUGAGAGGGAACGGCUCCGAAUUCUAAAGAGACUGGGAAAGCUCAGGUGCAUGCGUGAGAGCUGUUCUAGUAGCUUCACCAGCAUCAUGGGAUAUCUGUACCAUGUCAGAAAAUGUGGCAAAGGGGCUGCAGAGCUGGAGGAGAUGACCCUGAAAUGUCACCACUGUGGAAAGCCAUAUAAAUCGAAGGCUGGACUUGCGUAUCACCUGAGGUCAGAGCAUGGGCCUAUCUCAUUCUUUCCAGAGUCAGGACAGUCAGAGUGCUUAAAAGAGAUGAGCCUGGAGCCAAAGAGUGGGGGUCGAGUUCAGAGGCGUUCUGCCAAGAUAGCUGUGUACCACCUGCAGGAGCUGGCUUCUGCUGAACUGGCCAAGGAAUGGCCUAAGAGGAAGGUGCUUCAGGAUUUGGUACCUGAUGAUCGGAAGUUAAAAUAUACUCGCCCUGGGCUGCCUACCUUCAGCCAGGAAGUGCUACACAAAUGGAAGUCAGAUAUCAAGAAAUACCAUCGCAUUCAGUGCCCUAACCAGGGUUGUGAAGCGGUCUACAGUAGUGUAUCAGGCCUUAAAGCUCACCUGGGCUCUUGUACCUUGGGAAACUUUGUGGCUGGAAAAUACAAGUGUCUUCUGUGUCAAAAAGAAUUUGUGUCAGAGAGUGGUGUCAAGUAUCACAUCAACUCUGUCCAUGCUGAGGACUGGUUCGUCGUAAACCCAACCACCACCAAAAGCUUUGAAAAGCUAAUGAAGAUAAAGCAGCGGCAGCAGGAAGAAGAAAAGCGGAGACAGCAGCACAGGAGCAGAAGGUCUCUGCGAAGGCUGCAGCAGCCAGGCAUCCAGCUGCCUGAGGCGGAGCUGAGUCUUAGAGUAGGGAAGGAUCAGAGGAGGAAUAACGAGGAAUUGCUAGUGUCGACCUCCUAUAAGGAACCGGAGCAGGAGCCAGUGCCAGCACAGUUCCAGAAAGUAAAGCCCCCAAAGACUCAUCAUAAACGAGGAAGGAAAUAGGCAGGCAGUGUGAAAGCUCCUAGGAGAGCAAAUGGGAUGCUGUUGUCACGGGGACCUGUGCUGGGAGGACUGAGUCACUGGGGCUGAGCGAGGAGAAAUGUACUCUUUUGUUUGUGUAAGGCUGUGACUUUCUCAGCUCCUUCCUCCUGUGUAAAUUUCACUGUUCUAUUUAUUCACUUUUACCCCACUCCCCCCCCACCCCCUCUUGGGUAGGUGUUCCUGCUAUUCCUCAUUGGAGUCCUCUUGUUGUUCUCUCAUUUUGCCCAAAGAGCUCCCUCUUCAGGCCAACUGUGGGCCAUUCUUGCUCUGUACAAAACUGAGAAACCCAUUUGGUUGUCCUUUUCCUUCCCGGGCUAUAGAAUGUUCUCGGACUCUCCACUGAUUAGUCAUUCCAUCAUUUCGCUUAUAAAACAAUUCCAAAUUAAUUUUUAAGAAUCAUACUGAUUUAUCAUUUUGUAUUUGUGAUAUAACAAUCCUAGAAGCUAGAACUGUUGUCACUCAUGUAAUAAGCUUAUCCUGUCUCCCUGGGUAACAGAUUUUAUGGAGGCCGUUUGUUCUCUCUCAGUGUGGUUUUAGGAUUGAAAGUAAGAAAAUGGACUUAAGAUGAAAAGCUAGAACCUCUCUAUGCUGGUUUUACUGGGAAGUGUUUCGUUUGUCCCAAGUAGCAGUGACUGGCUAGACCCACAAGCAUGAAAAGCAGCCCAAACAUCAAAAUGUCCCAAACAUGAAAAUGAUUGGAAAGCAGGAAGUAGACGAAGCAAUAAAUACUGCCUUGACUUUCCUAGGGCUUGAGUCCUCAUCUGUUGCUAUGAUCAGUGUCCUCUGGGCGCUUGUGCCCCACCCCCAACCCCUCAACUCCCAACCCCCAGUUUUAAGGAUGAAGAAUUACCGCAUUGCACUUGAUGUUUUGACACAGAAUCCUAGUGUUCCUAGUAAUGCCAUAGACUGGCAGCCAAGGGGCACAUUCCGUCUCCCCUGGGCUUGACCUCACUUGUUCGUCUACACCACGCUAAGUCCUUAUUCCUCCCCUUAGCCGACGUCUUGUCUUUUGGAGUUUUCUGAGAAUAUCGUCCUCUGUCCUCUUUUGUAUGUGGCGUUUAUCCUCUUUAUAUCUUGAGACUUGACACCAGAUGUAGGUAUUUCUCUGGUGUUGGAAAGAAAAAUUCCUUUUCUGUACCUCAUGCCUACCUGGUAAUGUCUAGUGGGCUACUUUUCUUCUUCAAGGCUGGCUUUCUCUGGAGCAUUGUUUAGAACAGCUCUGUUGUGUUUCUAGAUUCUCUUCCCCUCUUCCAUAAAUAUUGGUCUUAUAUAUUCUUGCCAACUUUUGUGGCAUAUGCCACAUAAAAAGCAAGGGCCCUUAACCCUGAUAUGGAUAAAUACUACCUUUUCAAAUUCUGAAAGGCUGUUACUGCUCUUUAACUCUGUAUUCUGUGCUGCUCCACAUAGCUUUAAAAUGUGGGCUUUUGUGAAGACCACUUUCAAACAAGGGAGCACUGAAACCAGAUUUGGAUACUGCCAGAUAGAUAGUUUUGAAACAGGUCAAUGACGUGGUAUGUCCAGUCUACCUUUUCAUUUUCAUUGGCAGUUGCACCCUUGAAACCCUUUCGGUAGGUGAGGAUUGUCAGGGAGGAGAAAUGAAGAAGCUAUAUUAAUUUCUGGUGAGUAAGACUUGGGGAAUGUUGGGCAAUGACAAAAGAAAUAAAUGACUGUCGGUUAGAAUGA